GUACUACACUAAAACUUCGCUAGAAUCAUAUAUAAACAUUUAGUUGUAACAACAUUGUCUGUUCAAUAAAAAGUAAUUGGGUGAAUUAAAGUUGGACAAAGAGAAAAUUCUGAGCGGUGUACUAGAGAAUAAAACAUGACGUGAGGAAAGGGCUGUCGUUUCACUUAAGGUGUCCACGGAGAAAUUUUUCUAAUAAAACCGCGGUUAUCUCACCGAGGUACCGACGAACCGCGAUUUCCUGGAUCCAAACUGCGGUUUGAAAAACCUAUGAAAACUACGAUUUUGAGAAGCCGCGUUUUGAUCGAAACGAGAUGCGGUGAUGGCACCGACGAAAACCGCGGUUUCAAAGGGAUGCGAUUUAAUGAGAAUGAACCGCGGUAUCUGAAACCAUGCUUUUUACGAUUUUAUAUACCGCCGUAAACUCGAUCUAAACCGCGGUUUGUGGAUACCACUCAGCGUAGCAGUUUCUUAAACCAAGAUGUUUACUAUUUAAACUUCAAUUUAUCUUCAUCAAGGCUGUUCGAUGAUGCUACGUUUUCCACCUGACUGGACAGUGCGGUUUGUAUCAGCAAACCGCGAUACCAGAGACCGCAUUCUUAUCUGUUUUUUAAAAGUGCGAUUUAUGCUGACGGUUUUGACCAUAAGCAUUCAGGCUUGAAUGCGAUAUAAAAAAGGUAUGCUGGUGUGUGUAUUGAGAGCAAAACUUGCGAACAAAUUUUUGCGGUCAUUUGCAGAAACGUUAUCGCAUACUUAUAAAAGAAAACUAAUGUUUUGUUGCUUAUUACAUAAUUAGCAUUUUUCACAUUGAACUUGAAAUAUCAGUUAAGUUGUCUACAGUGAAACACUUUAACACACAUUUGCACAAUCGACUGGUGAGUGAAAACUAACGAUUUAUGGCGUACCACGAUGGGAAAAGGAAGAAUACCCCGCCUUGCGGCUACCGUUACCGGUGUGUUGCUGUGGCAGUUUCAAUAGUUCGGUAUGUUCCCUGCAGUUAACAAGCUUCUGAAAUGGCAGCAUCUUUUUACUAGUCAUCAAUUGCAGCUCGGACCAGAAGGCUAGCCUGAUGCACAGUUCUUUCGGCCAAUUACUUGAGCGAUACACACUUCACUAACUACGUACUAGUUUUCCGGAAAGCUAUGCGGACUAGCCUUAGAAGCUGUAUUGUAUGUCACAACGUAGUAAGUAUGCUGUUGCGAGGCGUUAAGACAUAAAUAACUUGCCCAAACUUUGUCUGAUUAAUCAAAUGGGUGAAUGGGUGCAGUGGUGAUAGAAUAGGCUGUGGCGCACAAUGAAAACUAAAUUAAGUAAUUGCCGUUUUUUGAUUCUAUUUGAAUGGAAUAAAAUCCAAACAAAUGACCUGUUACCAAUUUUUCAUAGCCCAAUUAGUCAAUAAAUUGAACACUUUUAUUUCCAAGGAUAUCACAAGUGCAGUCCUUCAAGAAGCAACGAUUUAUUGACGUUCAUUUCUUUAACAAUUUCGGUAUGACCAAGAUAUAUAUAGCUGAUCGAUAUGAAAUGAAUAAGUUGAGUUUUUAUCAGUAGUACUACAUUGACUGAAAAUAUAAUCAUGUGGGGACCAAAAGAUUAGUGUUUGUGAUAAUAAAUAUUUUCCUGAUUGUUUGUGUAUUCUAACAUAUUCGUAUUUAUUAUGUUACUAUUGUUUUUGUUUGUUGUUAUUUUUUCUCUUCCUUCACUCAACAAUCAGUUUAAUCCAAUAAGUGAUUAUGAUACUUAUGGUACAAGAUUAGCAAUUAAUGAUAAUUUUAUGGUUUUAGCUCAAAAUAAUUAUUCAACUUUUUCGACUCUAUUUUUUCCAUAUUAUCAAAAUGGUUCUAUAUACUCUUCAAAUUUCUGUAGUGUUUUCUGUAACAAUAAUUCCGAUUAUGUAUAUAGCGUUAUCAUAAAAAAUAAUAUUAGUAGUAAAUUUUACUAUUUUGUUCAAUCUGGCGAAAAUCUUGUAAGCGGAUAUCCAUUUGUAGGCAUAGUAGACAUUGAUCUGUUAUGUCAUGUGACUUAUUUGGAUAUGAAAUAUUUGACUAACUAUACUCAUCAAGAAUAUUAUGUUAUAGAUAUAGAUCCAUCAAGAUCAUUGCCUAUGGAUUAUCGAUUGAUUUUAUUUUUAUUUAUAAUCUUCAAACUCCUCCAUAUCAAAUUCAAUAAUAGUUACCUUCUAUACUAUGAAAUACAUCAAUAAUACCAUAUGCUAUAGAUGUUAAUGAUAAAUUUGCAAUUGUUACUGGUUGGUUUUAUGAUAUUAUUUAUCAGUCAUAUGUUCCUAUUGCCUUUCUUAUUUAUUUGUUGGAUUUUACAGUGGUAGAUAAUAUCACGUUAAUCGAUAAUCGAGUAUUAGACCGACAGUCUGUAUCCAUCUAUACAUUAAUCAUGGAUAUGUCAAUUACCAUUAAUAAUGAUAAUAAUCAAGUUUUAAUUGGCAUUCUAAAAUACGACACGGUUCUACUUUUGUCAUUUAAUAGUGACAAUUUAACAUUAAUAAAAAUAUUUUCUCUGUCUAGUAGUAACAUUUAUUAUGGUAAAUCAGUGGCUUGGAUAGACAAUAUUUCUGUCUGGUAUAGAAUAAUCAUUUAGCACAAAUAGCGUCAGAUUCUACAACAUGAAAUUCUGCAUCUUUUGACAUUAAAAUAAUUAUCUGUAAGUUGAACUGAGCGAUCAGCAACGCUUCGCCAAAGAAGUUAAGUUUAUUAUGUGCGAAUUCACAUAUUUUAAUACCGUGAACGAAAAUAAUUCCAAAACAAAAUCAACAAUUCUCUAUCAUUUAAGCUAAAUAUUAAAUUUUUAAACGCAAGUCAAUAUAGAUAAAAAAUUAUUAGAAAAGUGGCUUCAGGACUUCUGCACCACCCAUUAUAUAUAUAUGAGUGAUUCUGGUGCUCUUAGACCGUUUUUAAAUGACCUAAAAUGCAAGUGUCCAGAAAAUUGUUUUAACACUGUAUGUUUAUAGGGGAUACUUAAAAGUCUAGAAAAAACUCUGGUUCCAAACUGCCAAGUCCUCAACCCAAAUCCUGAUUGUUCAUUUUUUGACUCAGGAUAGAAAAUGCGAUUUUCUCUGCUUUUCAGCUAAAGAAGCAUAACUGAGCUUAAAAACGUGUUGAAACAUAGGUUUUCACGAAUAAUUAAGCUUUAUACUGUGCGAUAUAUUUCAUUCUUCUGCCAUUACUAUGAAAAUCGAACUAAAUGUCAAAACCAUCUGAGAAAUACUCAGGUCUUCUUGGCCCUCUGCAGGACUCACCAUCAUUCUCCACACUCUUAACCGUAUCACAAGGUAUUCAACCGUACAAACUUUAUACAGCAAAAUACAAAUGUGUACCCUGUACCAUGGUAACCGUAGCCAACAAUCAAAACUCCAUCCUACACCAGAACACGUUAGCAACGAGAACAAGAGCAGCAGGAGGAGCUUCAAUUAUACUCGCGAGACAACGGUCACCGACAACAGCAGAGAGACACACAUUACACUUGACAAGGUUCGCAACUGCUGCUCAAAAAAACUGAGGAGAGAAGUUGGCGCUGCGAACAGAUCUUUGAUAUUUCUUUCUCUUUUUCUGUAGUAUUCUGAAUUAUCUGAUUGAUAAUUACAAAGUUGAUCCAAACACAUUCCUAUCCACUUUGGUUCAGAGAAAGAGCAAACGAGUACGUCGGAUGUUUACAUUGAUCUCGGAAACUAUGUGAGUCUCUGCAUCAAUGGCGGUUAUCUGGUUUGUAGAUAACGAGCCGAACUUGCUAGUAAAAUAAAGCUAGCUUUUCGUGUUUUCGUAAUUGAUAUUUGUUCAAUUCCAGUGGCUUGUGGCAUACAAUCUAUCUCUUUCCCUUUUGACCCUCUCCUGACCGAACUACAUAGUUACUCAUUGUUUUACCAUGUAUGCCAAAUGGGUAGCACAAGCUAUCCUGUAAAUAUCAAGGCUUCAGCUUAUUUGUAAGGAAGAAAAUUUGGAAAAUAUAACAAAAUGUCUCAGCGCUAAUUUUUGUCCUACCCUCAAACUUAUCUCUAGAAUUGUGAUGGCUAGCACAUAAAGCCUCAGAUUUAAUGAUUAUACGUAUUUUGACUCCCUGAAUCGAAUGACUGGCUCAUUUUUCUGAAAAUCAACUCAGCAAAGCAUUUAUGGAAAACCUAGAUUUCUAGAGACCCAAGCUUAGAAAUUCUCAAAAACCAUUUUUUAAGGAUGUUAGUUGAUAGAGCAUAUGUGAAAACCUAUGUAACUUUUAGUGUAUGAGCUAAAUAUGUGUACGAAUAAUUAGCUUUUAACAGCAGCUUGAUAUUCGGAAGAAAAGUGUGCACCUCGACUGGGAAUCGAACCCAGGACAGUGGUAGUCACGACCAUUGCUCUGACCGCUGAGCUAUCGAGGCACAACCUUGGAUACACACAUCUUCUUCCUUAUGAUUACACUAUUAAAUAGUGAUGAGGAUUUUUACUAUACGCAAACUAAUUUUAUCGCAAAGCACGCCAGGAAGUGAGAACACACCAGGACCAUACAAGACCGAAUCGCACUUUAUAUGUUACCGGCUUUCUUAGAAUAGCGAACGGACAUAUUUUUAGUAGCGAAGCCAUGAAAGUUUUACGUAAAAUCCUAUUAUAUUUCAUUGAAAGCUCGUAAUACUGCCUUAGAUGAUACAAAUGUAACUUUUAGUGUAUGAGCUACAUAUGUGUACGAAACAAAAAAAAGAAUUUUCGCAAAACAAAUUAUCAUUAUCGACGACUAAUAUUGAAACAGAAAUAACACCUACAAAAACCAAAAAAAUCAUCACGACAACAACCAUAGCAUCACCGGAGGUCGAUGAAAAGGAGUUUGAAGAGAGAGAUGACGAAGAAGGAGAGGAGACGAGUGAUGACGACGAGGAUACAUUAGAUCACAGCAGUGUUCAGAAAUCAUACAAAGUUUUGGAAAUUGAACGUCAAAUGAAACAAAUAGAACGAUUAGAAAAGGUUAACAUUGUUAUAGUUGGUCAACUGAUUGAUUUUUUAAAGUCAUGGAAAUAUGUAUUGAAAGAAGUUCAGAAAGGAAAUUCUCCGUCUUUAUUUAUGGUGCUCCCAUGUAUUGGUUAUUUGCGUGAAGAUUUGAUUCACCGUGAAAAAUCUGAAAGAGGAGCAAUGAAACUUUUUGCCAAGAGGGCCUUGUCAUUAAUGAAUAUAAUGUUUAAUAUGAAUGAUGAAUAUAUUAUGGCAGCUUUCCUCCACCCAAAUUAUAAACAACUACGACAUGCAACACCGGCACAAAUAACAGAUUGUUAUGAGACAUGCCGUUUGUUUGCACCAUCGAAUGUCACGUCGCAAAAUGAAGAAGUGUUAGAGCCACUUGACAAAAAACAAAAAAUAUUUUUAGCCACAUUGAUGGAUCGAAAAAUAACGAAAAAGAAAGAUAAAGUCAAAGAUGAAGUUCAACAAUAUAUUGAGAUGAAAUUGACCGAUGAUCAACAAUAUCUGAAUCCAUUAUCAUUUUGGAAAGAAAAGCAAAAUCAAAAAUUCUUUCCAAAUUUGGCUCGUUUAGCAAAACGAUAUUUUUCAAUUCCUUGUAGCUCAGCUGCGGUUGAACGAGAAUUCAGCGCCGCUGGUCAAAUUGUUAAUCAACGUCGCUCAAGCUUAGAUCCAUCGAGUCAACAACAUAUUAUUUUUACGUUCGAUCAAAAAUAA